CAAAAUAUAACUGAGUUUAGCCUCGAUCUGGAUCGGACAGAAUUUCUGUAUGUGAUCAUACGGUAUUGUCAUGGCAGCAUCAGUGAUCCCCAUCAGAUGUGAGUCACAGUAACCAAAGUAAACAUGGAGGGCCCACAAAUGAUCAACGUUGAUGGCAACUCAUUGCUCAAAGCUGUUUACCUAAGCCGUCUCCGUCUCACAAGGCUUCUACUAGAAGGAGGCGCAUAUAUAAAUGAGAGUAAUGAGUGUGGUGAAACACCCCUGAUGGUUGCCUGCAGGAGCAGGCACACAGACCACCAAAGUGUCCCAAAGGUUAAGAUGGUGGGGUAUCUACUUGAAAGCGGUGCUGACCCAAAUAUCCAGGAUAAAAGUGGGAGGACAGCUCUAAUGCAUGCCUGUUUGGAGCAAGCCGGUCCUGAGGUAGUGGAGUUGCUCUUAAGUAACGGUGCAGAUCCUUGUCUUGAGGAUCAUACUGGUUCUUCUGCUCUAAUAUAUGCCAUCAAUGGCAGUGGUGAAGAAACUGUUAAAUUACUGAUCGAUGCCUGCAAGGCCAGAGGAAAAGAAGUUAUCAUAAUCACUCCCGACAAACUUGCAUGUGGUAAGCAAAUGGCAAAACAGUACCUCUCCAUUCCACCGAUCGCUAUGGUGGAACAAUGGGACAAACAGGGUUCCUCUGCGGUUCCAUGUGCAUCUCCAUCUGAUAUUCUCCUCAGUACAUCUCCACAAGGCACACUUUCUUCUAGUCCUACUGAGCAUAUAUUUUACUUCCAGGACCCCCAGAGCAUGACAAAUUCACAGCCAACCUCUCCAUCCCACCAGAGUCCUCUGGUGAACAGUCGAGUGAGCAAACUGCACAAUUUCCAGAGAUUACACUCAGAGCCUUGGCUAAAAAUCCCACAUGCCUUCCUUGCACAACAGCAUGCUAAAAGCACCACAGCUACGGAGGAACUUCCGGACAUCACACCUGAAGAAGAAAUGAGCUUCAGAAUGAACAGACUGACUUUCGGAAAUAUGUCGCUAUCGCGCCACUGCAGUGUUGAAUUGAAAGAAGCUGGCUGUUUGAGUCAAAGUCAAGGAAACAAUGGUGAAGGUCUAAGACCUGAAGGUGCGCUUUGUCGAAACAUGUCCUUUGACAGCUUGUCUUCAUUACACUCUUUAUCUCAUCCAAAUCUUCACAGCAAAAGCAGCAUGGAUGCUUUUCCAGCUGAAAAAGAUCCAGACAAAUCUCUGCCAAACUUGGCUGUGUCCAGUCUCCGUAACAUCAUUCAGAGAAGAAAACUAGGAAUGGACCACUACAGCUCAGAUUCCCAACUAUCGGUGAACCUUGCAAACUCUCCAGAAGACCGCAAAGGGCAGCAGGAGAAGAGGAGACAUGCCAACUCACGUUCUCCUACCUUGGUGGGCUCCAGGGAGUCUCUCGAGAGUGCUUCAUUAACGCACUUACACAGAAGAAAUCCCAUUAGCUAUGAACGUCGGGGCUCUGGGGUGCUUUUAGAUCCCAUUUCCCAUCCUCGAGCGGGAUUCCUCCCCCCACUGAACCAGCAUGCACCAAUCCCAAACAUCACUCCAAGUGGCAAUCCAAGCGGCAACAACAAAUCCGUUUGUGGUGCAGCAGUGGGGAUAAAACCCUGCGUUCCCUCAGCACCCACAGGCUUUCCAAAGGACCACAAAACAAGGAGGAUGCUGAUGAGAAGACACUCCAUGCAAACAGAGCAGAUCAAGCGGUUGGGUGACUUCACUGAAAUUUUUGGACAUUGAAUGUCUGCUGGUUAAAGCGAAUACAGCA